UUGUGUCAACGAUGGAUUCUGAAGAUGAGUUCGAUACAUUUGUACAGAAUAAAAUACUUGAGUCCUCAUCUUCAGACAAUGGGGAUGAUUUAUAUACUGCUGCGCACAUAGUUGGAGAGGUCAAUGACAAUGAACCAAAUCGUCGAGGAUCUAUCGAGGGACAUCGUGUAUUGGAUCGAGAUAGGCAAUCUGGGCACUCCAGACUUUUUCAAGACUAUUUCUCAGAUGAUCCUACAUAUGGGCCGGACCACUUCAGGCGCAGAUUUCGAAUGAGGCGCCAUGUGUUUGUUCGUAUAAUGAAUGCGGUUGAGGAGCAUGAUGACUACUUUGUGCAAAAGAGAAAUGCAGCCGGUACCUUAGGACUAUCUUGUUUGCAGAAGGUGGUGGCCGCAUUUCGGAUGAUAGCUUAUGGUGUAGCAGCUGAUGCUACAGAUGACUAUGUACGAAUUGGGGAGAGUACUACUCUAGAAAGUUUGAGAAGGUUUGCCACAGCUGUUGUUGAGGUAUUUGGACCUGAGUACAUGAGAUUGCCUAAUGAGCAAGAUACUGCUAGACUACUUGCAAUUGGUGAGAGUAGAGGUUUUCCGGGAAUGCUAGGCUCUAUAGAUUGCAUGCAUUGGACCUGGAAAAAUUAUCCUGUUGCAUGGAAAGGUGUAUUUCGCGGACACAAAAAGGAGUCUACUGUAAUUCUAGAAGCAGUUGCAUCUAAAGAUCUUUGGAUUUGGCAUGCAUUCUUCGGGAUGCCAGGCUCACAUAAUGAUAUCAAUGUUCUUCAAAGGUCUCCUAUAUUUGCAAGACUUGCUGAAGGUGAAGGUCCACAGGUCAUCUAUAACAUCAAUGGGAACGACUAUACAAUGGGCUAUUAUCUUGCAGAUGGCAUAUAUCCAUCUUGGGCUACAUUUGUGAAAACCAUACCAGAGCCACAAGGGAACAAGAAGAAAUAUUUUGCCAAGGCUCAAGAAGCUUGUAGGAAGGAUGUUGAACGAGCAUUUGGGGUUCUACAAGCUCGUUUUGCUAUCAUUCGACAGCCAGCUCGUGUGUGGGAUGAGGAAACACUUGCAGUUAUCAUGAAUGCUUGUGUCAUUAUGCAUAACAUGAUUGUCGAGGAUGAGGGUAUUGACGAAGAUGAUUUCAAUUAUGAUGAUAUGGGAGAAAAAGUGAAAAUAUCCCAUGCUCGUACACCUGAACUAGAUGAAUUCAUUCAAAACUACAAGAACAUCUAGGACAAGGAAACUCACACACAGCUUCAAGCCGACCUUAUUGAGCACUUAUGGCAACAUCAUAUAUCCAGAUCUAUAUAAGAAUAUUAUUGUUGAAUGAAUUUAUUUACUAUUUGGAAAUAAUUGUUAGAUAAUUUUAUUUACCUUUAGAAUAUUAUCUUAUAUUCAUGAUUGAUCUCAUUGAGUUACUGAACAGACUUCACAAGGCCAUGUGUCAAACUGAUUGUGACCAGAACAGCCAUGUAGAACUCAAAGUGUUGUCAAUAUGAGAACAAGUACUACAAAUAUAUUAAUAGAGACAGCAAAUGUGGUAAUCUGAGACCAAGUUCUACAAAAUAUAUAAGAACAAGUACUAAUUAUUUAGGCGACUUGCACAUAUGUCUUUCUUGAGCACUUCGUAGUACUUUUGUAGGUCAAUACUCAUGUGCCUUGUGUCGACAUUCAUAACCCUCUCUUCUUCUAGUUUCUUGUUGAACUCAAAUUGUUUGCUUUGUAACUCAAGUUUUUCUUUCUCCAACCUGAUUCUUUCUUCCUGCAACGCAAAGGCUUUCUUGCACCUCUCCUCUUUCUUCAACUCCUUUUCUGCAUCGGCUUCUUUCCUUUUUGCCAAAAGAUAAUCCAAUGCUUCGAUGCUAGAAUGUUGCCGUAACUUUUGCUUCUCCUUCUUUUGCCCUGGAGGUCUCUGAAGU